AUGUCGUCGGUUCAAGUCGCGCCCACGCGCAUGGCGUUGACGACGUAUAAGGCCAAGAGCGUUAGCGCCAAAAAAGGAUUUGAGCUCUUGAAGAAGAAGGCCGAUGCGUUGAAAAUGCGGUUUCAGGCCAUGCUGCGGGAGAUCCAAAAGACAAAGAUGUCCAUGUCGACCGAAGCUUCUGAGGCCUUUUUCUCACUCACACAGGCGCAGUACGCAGCCGGCGACUUUCGCAACAAAGUCAUCGAGUCGGUGACUACCGCCGAGAUCCGCACACAGAACCGCAUUGACAACGUGGCCGGCGUGAAGCUGCCAGUGUUUACAGAGGUGGAAGUCAGUCGCGAAAAGAGCGACAAUAUUGGUCUCGCCGGAGGUGGUGGGAAGAUCCAAAACUGCCGUGCCAAGUUCCGCGUGUUGCUGCGUGCACUGAUCAAGCUCGCGUCGCUCCAGACGUCUUUUGUGACAUUGGACGAGGCUCUGAAAGUGACUAAUCGCCGAGUGAACGCGCUGGACAAUGUGACCAUUCCCCGUAUUGAGAAGACCAUCUCGUACAUCUCGAGAGAGCUAGAUGAGCUGGAGCGCGAGGAUUUCGUGCGCAUCAAAAAAGUGCAGGCGAAUAAGCAAGUGAUCGAGAAGGCAAUCCAGGCUAAGAAGAAAGAAGCGGCUGCCAAUAUCGCUCUGGGCGGGGACCCGAAUGCUAAUGUUGUGGCAUCGGACCACGACAUUCUGUCCCAGUACGAGAUUUCUGCGGAUGCCGAUGUGGUGUUCUGA